ACACCCACCUGCACUCCAUAUCACCACUAUCAUUUUAUCGCAACAUGUUCCCGCGUUCCUGACAGUAUUUUUGGAUACCUGCAAAAAUGAUGAUCCGCCUGGCGACGGCGGCCGAUCUCGAGGCCAUGACUUGGGUAUUGAUCGGGGCGUCACCACUCGACCCGGUCUACCCAUACCGCUUCCCGGACCGGCACCUGUACCCCGGCGAGUUUGCAGCGCUGUGCCGGCGGAAAUGCGCCGAAUACCUCGAGACGAGCACAGUUGUGGUCUGCGAGAUGCCAAUAGACGACUGCAGUGACAGCGACGAGGACCACAACAACACGGCGGCAGCAGCAGCACCAACGCAGGUCGUUGCAUUCUCCGCGUGGGAUGUGCCCGCCCUGGAAAAACAACUAACCCUCCCCCCUCCAAAUCUAGAACCCUCCCCCCGCUCAACAAGCACCGCUCCCCUGCCCCCAACAACCAUCGGCUCUCUCUCGCGACAACAAGCCUUCCGCUCGGCCUGCGCACAGCACAAAGCCUCGCUCUUUGACGCCCGCUUCGCAUCCACAGGCGGCCAUAUAUUUCUCAAGAUCCUGCUCUGCCAUCCAGCGUACCAGCGGCGCGGAGCGGGGACUGCGCUGGCAAGCUGGGGGAUCAGCCAGGCGGCGAUGCGCGGCGUGCACACGACUGUCUUUGCCAGCCCCAUGGGCCUGCGCCUUUAUCGGAAGCUUGGGUUCAGGGAGAUUGGACGGUUCAGGGUGCAAUUGGAGGGGGAGAGGGAGUAUCUUGAGAUUCCGGCGCUUUCGAGGGAUCCGCAGCAGGGGUCGGGGGGUAGUAGUAGCCGGGGGCUUGUGGUUGGGAGCAGACAGGUGGGGGGUGCGGGUGCGGGUGGUUCAGGUUGGAGGGGGGCGAGGAGGAGGAUAGCGGGGGAGUGUGGGAGUGUGAAUGCAUCGCUUUGCGUGUGA